CCCGCCCCGCGGGCUCCUCCCUGCCGCCGCGGCCCCCCGGCUGCUGCCCCGAUGCGCUGCGCCGGGAGCUGGGGCCGAGUCGCCGCCGCAGCUGCAGGGGCGCCCGGGCUGGGUGACGCCGCCGCCGCCCGCGCCCCUCCCAGACCCCGCCGGCCGCAUGGAGCCCCCGGAGGGCGCCGGCCCGGGAGAAAUAGUUAAGGAGGUUGAGGUGCCACAGGCAGCCCUGGGCACCGUGGCCCAUGGGACAGGGGACAGCUGCCACUCGCCCGCAGCCGAGGAAGAGGUUGGCAUCCCAAUACCAGCCCCAGGGCUCCUACAGGUCACAGAGAGGAGGCAGCCCCUGAGCAGUGUCUCCUCCCUGGAGGUGCACUUUGACCUCCUGGACCUCACUGAGCUGACUGACAUGUCCGACCAGGAGCUGGCGGAGGUCUUUGCUGACUCAGACGACGAGAGCCUGGCCAGUGAAUCUCCAGCAGGCCUGCACCCACUGCCCCGGGCUGGCUGUCUGCGCUCCCCAUCCUGGACACGAACCAGGGCCGAGCAGAACCGAGAGAAGCAACCACUUGGUGACCCGGAGCGCCAGCCAGCAAUUGUGGACACAUUUCUCACCGUGGAGAGGCCCAAGGAGGACUAGGCCGGCUGGCCCUGGGGCCAAGGCAGUGCAAAUCUGGACAGUUCUGACCCCAUGGACACUCUGCCCACCCCAUGUGGCUCUGGGUCAGGUUCUCGGGGCACCCUAGCACAAGCACAGCCCAGUGGCCUUAUGUACUGCUCCUUUCUUAUCCCUGGAUCAGGGACGACAGCAUCUGAGGAUGAGGUGGGAGUGGCCUAGGCCUCUUGGAAACUUCUGCCUGCAGGACUGGUGCUCUCGUCAGCUGCAAGAUUCCCGAGUGGGUGCAGGGUGAGGGGAACCUAAGCCAGAGAGAGUUUCUCUGCAAAGUCCCCAAGGGUCCUCAGGGUUCUGGUCUGGGAAUGGUCCACCAUGCUCCAGCCCAUGGGAUGCUCUGCUACCCAGCAAAGUAUAUGGGUAGGGAGGGUCAGUACUGAACAAUGUCGCCUCUUUCUGCCACCCGGGAGCAUUGCUGGCACCAGGGUCACCCCCAGGCCUGAAGACCCUGCUUGUCUUGUUUCCUGUGUGACAGCCGGGCCCACCGUCCUUGGCUCAGAACACCAAAUAGGCACAACCCUCAGACUGUGGGUAGGGGGAGUGGGCAUGUCGGCUUUGCCCUGGCCUGGGACACAUCUCCACAGCCUGUCAUGCAAAUGCACACAAAGGCAUGCACGGUCCUAGGUCUGUGCCCCUGGCUGGCGUCCUGGCCUGGGGUAAAGCUGCCGAAGGGAGACUGGGAACACAAGGGAACCCUGGCACAGCCCCUAGCCUCCAACUUAAGGGCACCAGGCUCAGCUGCUCCCAAUGCUGCUCUUUAUGACCUAAAGGACUAAACAGGCUCUGGUCUAACAGCAAGUCCAAAAACAGUUUUAAAAUAAAUGUGUAAGUUUGCUUUUGGUCCCCAGGCCAACCUGCCCUGACCCAUUCCCCACUCAAAUAUUUCUAGGGAAGAAAAACCUGCUCUUCUGUAGAAGCCCUGGGCAUCCCGUAGGCCCACUGUGCACAGCUCAAGGCAAGUUCCCCAAUGAGAAAACAGGCCUCAGAAAUGCUGGGGGACACUGCCUGCUGCCUAUACAUGAUGAGCAUCAACUCAAGGGGCACCCCAGCAGGCAUCACCCAGAAGUUCACUUAAAAUCAAACCCUAUAAGGGCAGCUGCGUGCCCCACCCACCCCACCCACGAGGGUCACCCUCCCCAAUCUCCAGCCUUCCAGCUAUGGCAUCCUUCCUUCUGCAGAGCUUAUUUACAAAACAUCGAAUUAAAAUCUCACUUCUUCCUAUGGCCCAACCAGUCUCUUCCUUUCUAGGUGACACCAGAGCUCAGGAGUAUGUGGUGGGGGCGGAAGUUGGCUACCCUAGGAGACAAACUCCUGCUCUUGUCUUUCUCCAGUGGAAGCCACUGGGGGCUCCUCUGUGCUGCUUAUUUGGGUUAUGUCUCAGGGACAAGUGCCCUGGAUUUCUAGUCCUUAGGAAGUAAAGGUCCUGUCCCCCACCCCCCACCCCCAGCCCAAAAAGGCACAAGGUACACUCUGGCAAGUCAUCUCAGCCCAGACAGGUUCCCAGGAAGCUCUAGGUCCAGAGCAGCAGCUUGCAUAAGAAGGGAGCCAGCAGGUAAAGCCUGUGAGAAGGCCAAGGGUGAGGCCAAAACCCCAAUCAUUUUGAUUACCCAUGAAAUAAGAGGCUCAGAAACCAGGCCCUGGGCCCCAUGCCAGGCAGUUCCCACCACUCGGCUCUAUGGAGGGAUACAUGAGCUUCCCUAAUGAAAGAUUCUAGACCAGGUCUCCAUCCCUGGGCCCAGGAACUGACUCAAAGCCUGUGUAAGAGUGUGCCCAGGUGGCCCAAACAGGGGGAGGGGGUGAAGGAAAGAGCUGAGGAAACUCAGGGGGGUAGUGAGCACAAGGGUAUCCAAGGCAGAAAACAGCAGGGGUUGGGGAGCAUCCAAGUGUGCUGAGGUAUGCCCUGGAUCCCAGAGAGGGGAUGCACCAAGCCUCAAACCGAACAGGUCCCCAGGUUCUGGACACCACACACCAC